GUGACACGUACCGUUGGCGUGGCGGCAGUCUUGGCAUGGGGACGGUGGCGGUGUUGUUGUACUUGUUGACACGCGGUGGAGGCAGCCAGAGGAGUGAGGAGUGUACCUACCCCUUGGAACACAGUGUGGUGAUUUACUGGAAGAAGGAGGUGAAAUCAGCCUGUAUUUCAAAAGAUCGUGAGGAUGGCACAGCAUGCUUGUGAACUGAGCUUCCUCUCACGUUCUGAUGGAUCUGCAUUAUAUUCAAUUGGCUUGAAUGUAGCCUUGGCAUCAGUGAACGGCCCUGGUGAUGUCAAGGUGUCUAAUCGUCUGUAUAAUCGCUCACACCUGGAGGUCUGCUAUAGUCCCUCUACUGGUCACUCCAUGAUCAGAGAGCGUGCGCUUGAGUCUGUCAUCAUGCGCACUGUGGAGCAAGCAAUCCUGGUUCACCUCCACCCAAGGACAGCCAUCAAUAUCACCAUACAAGAGAUGCAAUCAGAUGGCUUGGCGCUGUCAGCCAGUGUGAAUGCAGCUUGUAUGGCCCUGCUAGAUGCUGGAAUACAAAUGAAGACAACUUUUGCUGCAGUUACCUGUUGCAUCACUCCAUCUGGCACCGUCAUCAUUGAUCCUACCGAGGCUGAAAUACAGGAGAGUGUAGCUGAGGCAACCUUUGUGUUUGAAAGUAGUGGUGAAGCCAGUGUGUUGACAGCCCACCAGGAUGGUCGCCUCAGCUAUGAAGACUUUAAGAAGUGCCUCCAUCAUUGUCAGGUUGCCUCCAAAGAUGUGUUUGCUUUCUAUCGCAGGAUGACAGAGAAAAAGUACCAAAAUGAAAUAGAGAGCUGAAUGUAUGGGGUUGUGGGUAGGGAAAAGGGACAAAAUGUUGCUGUAUUAAACAAGAAUGUGUGAGUUUGGUGAGUGGAAAGCAUCACAGUGCUGCUCAUUAUGAGGUGAUGUAGUUGUUUGGAUAUUCAUUGAUGUAAUCGAUAUGUAUUUUUUCUAACAAAGUAAUUAAAUGCAAUUCAGACAUUUUAGUGAAAGGAGCAGUAGAUGUCUCUCUGAUUGUUGUUCAUGUCACAAAGCUGAAUGUUUUCAUUUUACAUUCACCUUAUUUGCAUUUCCUUUAAUUUAUUGUUGACUGUAAUUUUCUUCCUGUGUAAACGUGUGAUGAGAGCAUCAUUUAUCCAUUCAGGUGUGUGAAUGAGACAACAAAUUAAGUAAAACUUUUUAUACAAUAAAUAGUAACAUAGAA